UUUGCGGCGCCUCCACCAAAGUGCAGCAGCAGCAGCACGCAGCGCAGCAGCAACAUCGCAGCAGCAGCUGCUGGCCGCCGUGGACAUGGAGAGAGACCUCAAGUGCUGGGCAGCAGCAAAGGCAGCGCUCAUGCAGCAGCUGGCGCCCCCCCCCCCCGCAACAGCAGCAGCAGCAGCAGCAGCAGCACCAGCAGCACAGGUAGGAAGAAGCCACGCUCGCGAGACUUGCUGGCAGCACUAG